CGUCUUCAUUUCUCCUUCCUCCAUGAGUCCUUCUAAAUUCUCCAUCCAUCAUACUAAUUGAUAAGUUUUAUACCUUAAUCACAAAGAAAUUCAAGGAAUAUCUUUAUUCUCUGUAUACUACUAAUGUUUCUACGAUUCUUAUUGUUUUUGCUGCUGCUCUCGAGGCUAACAUCAUCAUCAACAACUGUAUUGCCGCAGGUGAAACCAGGUUGCCAAGCCAAUUGUGGUGACAUCGCAGUUACAUACCCAUUUGGUAUAGGUCCCAACGAAAAUGGAUGUUCUCUUAUUGGAGAUGAUUUAUCGUUCUACAACGUCACAUGUGAUACAUCUUACCACCCUCCAAAACCGUUCUUAUGGCUUGGUACAAAUCUCACUACAGGUAAACAUCAUAUGAUUGAACUCACAAGUAUAGCAGAAAGCGAAUUACGUGUAAGAAUCGCUCCAUCCACAAUUUGUUAUCAAAAUGAAACUGGUGAUGUUCCGGCCUUAGAUGAACCACUAAGUUAUAUGUAUAUGUUGAGCACACCAUUUACAAUUUCAUCAACCAAGAACACACUGUUCGGGCUCGGUUGUAAUUCUUUAGCUCAUCUAUAUGCUCCUAGAAAGAACCUCAGUGAAGUGUGCUCCACGACAUGCGAAACUAAAGAAAGUAUAACGGAUGGAUCUUGCUCCGGAAGAGGGUGUUGUCAGAUACCGGUACCUGAAGGUAUAAAGUGGUUUAUAAGCCGUACUAACCAAACAUCGAAGACUAAUAUCUCCUUCAGUCCCUGUAGUUAUUCGUUCAUAUCGGAGACUGACAAGUACACAUUUAAGGCUUCGGAUUUAGACGGGGCAAGUUUUCGUACCAAAGGGAGUAAUAUACCGGUUGUGCUUGAUUGGUCUAUCGGUAAUAAGACCUGCGAAGAAGCACAAAAAGAUCUGUCCACUUUUGCAUGUCAAGGAAAUACUAAUUGUCACAAUUCAGAUAAAACUCCUGGAUAUAUUUGCACUUGCAAGGCAGGAUUUGUUGGGAACCCUUAUCUAAGCCCUGGAUGCCAAGAUGUAGAUGAGUGUGAGGAUCAAGAAAAUAAUCCUUGUAUAGGAACCUGCACGAAUACCAUGGGAAGUUUCAGUUGUACAUGUCCAAAGGACAGUCAGGGAGAUGGAAGGAAGCGUGGGACUGGUUGCAGUCGGCGAAACAAGGACUUUCCAGUAGUAAAAGUCACUCUUGGCAUUGGAUUCGGGUUCUUAUUUCUUAUUGUUGCGACAUUGAUACACUUGAACAUCAAAAGCAGAAAGCUAAACGAACUGAAAAAGAAAAAAUUUCAACAAAAUGGUGGUUUGUUGUUGAAACAAAAGAUAUCUUCCUACGAAGGUGGUGUCGAGACUACAAAGAUAUUUACUGCAAAGGAAUUGGAAUUGGCAACCAAAAAUUAUAGUGAUAAACUAGUCCUUGGACGAGGAGGUUUUGGGAUAGUUUACAAGGGAACUCUACCGGAUGAACGUAUAGUUGCCAUUAAAAAGUCGAAGAUAGUUGAUGAGACUCAAAUCGAACAAUUCAUCAACGAGAUUGUUAUUUUAACUCAGGUUAACCAUCGAAACGUAGUUAAAGUCUUGGGAUGUUGCUUGGAGGCCGAAGUUCCUUUGCUUGUUUACGAAUAUGUUUCCAAUGGUAACCUCUUCAAGCAUAUCCACAAGAAAAAGGAUGGGGAACCAUUCCUUUCUUGGAAGGUUCGUUUAAGGAUUGCAACCGAAAGUGCAGGUGCUCUUGCAUAUUUGCACUCCGCAGCUUCUGUCCCAAUCAUUCACAGAGAUAUCAAAUCUGCCAAUAUACUGUUAGAUGAUAAUUUUACUGCAAAAAUAGCUGAUUUCGGCGCAUCAAGGUUGAACUCAUUGGAUCAAACCCAAAUUGACACACUAGUUCAAGGGACGCUGGGCUAUUUGGAUCCAGAAUACUUCACUACUAACCUACUAACGAACAAAAGUGAUGUUUAUAGUUUUGGUGUGGUUCUUCUAGAACUCUUAACAGGUGAAAAACCCCUCUCAUUUACGAAAUCUCAAGAACAACGAAGUCUUGCUUCGUAUUUCAUAGAUGCAAUGGAGAGAAAUGAUUUGUUCAAGGUUGUUGAACCUCGAAUAGCAAAUGACGGAAACCACCAACAGGUCCUUGUUGUCGCAGAGCUUGCAAUGAGAUGCCUGAACUUAAAGGGCAGCGAAAGACCUACAAUGAAAGAAGUUUCUAGUGAGCUAGAAAGUUUGAGCAAAAUAGAGAUGCAGGACUCAUCUAGAGUCCAUAAUCAACAUUACUCUUAUUUGGAUGAGCGAGUAUACAUCGAUUCGACACCAAUAAGCUCUUACACUUCUGGUGAAUCUGGUAAAUACAGUACGGAUAAAGAUUUGUUCACGUCAAUCAACGUUCUACGUUAAUACCAUGUAACUAGACAUUUCUACUGAUUUUAAUUCAUUGUAACGACAUAUUUUCUUUCACUAAAUUUUGGAGAAAACAUCUCCUUGAAAAGAUACCAAAAUCCACAUAAAUU